GCCCUCGCCGCUCGCUCCGAGAGCGCCCGUUCGUCCCGCUGGGAGACUUCUCCUUUUCCGCCCUGGGGCUGAGGAUCCUGGGUGGGGCAGCUGCGCCUUCGGGACAGCCCCAGCCGCGAAGCGCCCGGCCCCGUGCCGCUGUAGUCGGGCCUGACGCCGCCCGCAGCCGGGGCAGCCGCACCUGAGCCCCAGCUCCAGCCACGCCGCGGCGCCGGAAGCGCGGGCGGAGCGCACUGGCCGGGUAAGAGCAGCCCGCGCCCGCGAGGGGGACCCGAGUCCUCAGGGAGGCGACCGAGUCCCGCCUCACGCCAGCAGGGUCGAGGACCUGCGACGCGCACCCCUCCGCCCCAGCGCCCCUGCCCGGCCCGGUCACCCCAGCACCAGCCCCGCGCAUACCCGACUUCCUCAGCCUCUCGCCCUCGCCCUGCCAACUUCCCUGCGAGGAGGAACCUGCCGCCAGCCUGCCCGCUCGCAGGCCCUGCGCUGAACGCCUGCAGUUCACCUUGCGCCGUCGGGAAACCCCAUGAACUCUCCAGAAACUGAGUGAAGGAGGGUCCCUUCGCGGCGCACGGCCGGGUGCCUGGGGGUUCCCCCCACUCCCCCGGUGGAGCAGCGGUAGCAGAGCCGGGAAAGUAGUGGAGGAUGAUCCUGCGGCCAAAGGGGACCUCGGGGCAGUAAUGUCAGCAUGAUGUUUCAUUCAGAUCGAAUGUGGAGCUGCCAUUGGAAAUGGAAGCCCAAUCCUCUUCUGUUCUUCUUUGCUUUAUAUAUCAUGUGUGUUCCUUGCUCAGUGUGGGGAUGUGCCAACUGCCGAGUGGUUUUGUCCAACCCUUCUGGGACCUUUACUUCUCCAUGCUACCCUAAUGACUACCCGAACAGCCAGGCUUGCAUGUGGACCCUCCGAGCCCCCACUGGUUACAUCAUUCAAAUAACGUUUAACGACUUCGACAUUGAAGAAGCUCCCAAUUGCAUUUAUGACUCAUUAUCCCUUGAUAAUGGAGAGAGCCAGACUAAAUUUUGUGGAGCAACUGCCAAAGGCCUAUCAUUUAACUCAAGUGUGAAUGAGAUGCAUGUGUCCUUUUCAAGUGACUUUAGCAUCCAGAAGAAAGGUUUCAAUGCCAGCUACAUCAGAGUUGCUGUGUCCUUAAGGAAUCAAAAGGUCAUUUUACCCCAGACAUCAGAUGCUUACCAGGUAUCUAUUGCAAAAAGUGUCUCCAUUCCAGAGCUCAGUGCUUUCACACUCUGCUUUGAAGCAACCAAAGUCGGCCAUGAAGACAAUGAUUGGACAGCUUUCUCCUACUCAAAUGCAUCCUUCACACAAUUGCUCAGUUUUGGAAAGGCCAAGAGUGGCUACUUUCUAUCCAUUUCAGAUUCAAAAUGCUUGCUGAACAAUGCAUUACCUGUCAAGGAAAAAGAAGACAUUUUUGCAGAAAGCUUUGAGCAGCUCUGCCUUGUUUGGAAUAAUUCUUUGGGCUCUGUUGGUGUAAAUUUCAAAAGAAACUAUGAAAUAGUUCAAUGUGAUUCUACCAUUAGUAAAGUUAUUCCUGGGAAUGGAAAACUGUUUUUGGGCUCCAAUCAAAAUGAAAUUGCCUCUCUAAAAGGGGACAUUUAUAACUUUCGACUUUGGAAUUUUACCAUGAAUUCCAAAAUCCUCUCCAACCUCAGCUGUAAUGUGAAAGGGAAUGUAGUCGACUGGCAAAAUGACUUCUGGAAUAUCCCAAAUCUAGCUCUGAAAGCUGAAAGCAACCUAAGCUGUGGUUCCUACCUGAUCCCACUCCCGGCAGCAGAACUGGCCAGCUGUGCAGAUCUGGGGACCCUCUGUCAAGAUGGAAUUCUCUAUAGAAUAUCUGUAGUGAUUCAAAACAUCCUUCGUCACCCGGAGGUAAAAAUACAGAGCAAGGUGGCAGAAUGGCUCAAUUCAACCUUCCAAAAUUGGAACUACACGGUUUAUGUCAUUAAUAUCAGUUUUCACCUGAGCUCUGGAGAGGACAAGAUUAAAGUCAAGAGAAGCAUUGAGAAUGAUUCAAGGUUGGUACUUUGGGCCCUUCUAGUUUACAAUGCUACCAACAAUACAAAUUUAGAAGGAAAAAUCAUUCAGCAGAAGCUCCUAAAAAAUAAUGAGUCCUUGGAUGAAGGCUUAAGGCUACAUAGAGUGAAUGUGAGACAACUAGGUGUAUGUCUUGCCGUGGAGGAACCCACAGGCUUCUACUGGCCAUCUAUCACACCUUCUGAAUAUCAUCUUCCUUGUCCAGAAAAGCCUGGCUUUUCUGUUUCACGGAUAUGUUAUUACAAUGCUUCCAACUUAUCUGAAGCCUACUGGGGACCUGUUGAUAUCUCCAACUGUUUAAAGGAAGCAAAUGAAGUUGCUAACCAGAUUUUAAAUUAUACUGCCGAUGGGCAGAACUUAACCUCAGCCAAUAUUAUCGACAUUGUGGAACAAGUCAAAAGAAUUGUGAAUAAAGAAGAAAACAUUGAUAUAACACUUGGCUCAACUCUAAUGAAUAUAUUUUCUAAUAUCUUAAGCAGUUCAGACAGUGACUUACUUGAGUCUUCGUCUGAAGCUUUAAAAACAAUUGAUGAGUUGGCCUUCAAGAUAGACCUAAAUAACACAUCACAUGUGAAUAUUGCAACUCAGAAUUUGGCUCUUGGUGUAUCAUCCCUGUUACCAGGGACAAAUGCAAUUUCAAAUUUUAGCAUUGGUCUUCCAGGAAAUAAUGAAUCAUAUUUCCAGAUGGAUUUUGAGAGUGGACAAGUGGAUCCACUGGCGUCUGUAAUCUUGCCUCCAAACUUACUUGAGAAUUUAAGUCAGGAAGAUUCUGCAUUAGUUAGAAGAGCACAGUUUACUUUCUUCAACAAAACUGGACUUUUCCAGGAUGUAGGACCCCAAAGAAAACUCUUAGUGAGUUAUGUGAUGGCGUGCAGUAUUGGAAACAUUACUAUCCAGAAUCUGAAGGAUCCUGUUCAAAUAAAAAUCAAACAUACAAGUACUCAGGAAGUGCAUCAUCCCAUCUGUGCCUUCUGGGAUCUGAACAAAAACAAAAGUUUUGGAGGAUGGAACACGUCAGGAUGUGUUGCAGACAGAGAUUCAGAUGCAAGUGAGACGGUCUGCCUGUGUAACCACUUCACACACUUUGGAGUUCUGAUGGACCUUUCAAGAAGUGCCUCACAGUUAGAUGCAGGAAACACUAAAGUCCUCACUUUCAUCACCUAUAUUGGGUGUGGAAUAUCUGCAAUUUUUUCAGCCGUAACUCUCCUGACAUAUGUCGCUUUUGAGAAAUUGAGAAGAGAUUAUCCCUCUAAAAUCUUGAUGAACCUGAGCACAGCCCUGCUAUUCCUGAAUCUCCUCUUCCUCCUAGAUGGCUGGAUCACCUCCUUCAAUGUGGAUGGACUUUGCAUUGCUAUUGCAGCCCUGCUGCAUUUCUUUCUUCUGGCAACAUUUACCUGGAUGGGGCUGGAAGCAAUUCACAUGUACAUUGCUCUAGUUAAAGUAUUUAACACUUACAUUCGCCGAUACAUUCUAAAAUUCUGCUUCAUUGGCUGGGGUGUGCCUGCCUUAGUGGUGUCAGUUAUUCUAGCAAGCAGAAACAAAAAUGAAGUCUAUGGAAAAGAAAGUUACGGAAAAGAAAAAGGUGAUGAAUUUUGUUGGAUUCAGGAUCCAGUCAUAUUUUAUGUCACCUGUGCUGGGUAUUUUGGAAUCAUGUUUUUUCUGAACAUUGCCAUGUUCAUCGUAGUAAUGGUACAAAUCUGUGGGAGAAAUGGCAAGAGAAGCAAUCGGACCCUGAGAGAAGAAGUGUUAAGAAACCUGCGCAGUGUGGUUAGCUUGACGUUUCUGUUGGGAAUGACAUGGGGUUUUGCAUUCUUUGCCUGGGGACCCUUAAAUAUCCCCUUCCUCUACCUCUUCUCCAUCUUCAAUUCAUUACAAGGUUUAUUUAUAUUCAUCUUCCACUGUGCUAUGAAGGAGAAUGUUCAGAAACAGUGGCGGCGGCAUCUCUGCUGUGGUAGAUUUCGGUUAGCAGAUAACUCAGAUUGGAGUAAGACAGCUACCAAUAUCAUCAAGAAAAGUUCUGAUAAUCUAGGAAAAUCUUUGUCUUCAAGCUCCAUUGGUUCCAACUCAACCUAUCUUACGUCCAAAUCUAAAUCCAGCUCUAACACCUAUUUCAAAAGGAAUAGUCACGCAGACAAUACUUCCAUGGACAAGUCCUUGUCAAAACUGGCCCAUGCUGAUGGAGAACAAACCUCAAUCAUCCCUGUCCAUCAGGUCAUUGAUAAGGUCAAGGGUUAUUGCAAUGCUCAUUCAGAUAACUUCUAUAAAAAUAUUAUCAUGUCAGACACCUUCAGCCACAGCACUAAGUUUUAAUGUCUUUAAUGUGAGAAAAAGAAAUCAGUCUGCAGAAAUGUGAAGAUUUGCAAUCAGUGAAAGCUGCAACUAUUGAUGUAAAUAUGCUAUUACCUAGAUAACUGCAUAUAUAUGAGGAAUGUAUUUUGUUAAGGCUUUUAUGAAAUUCAUAAUUUUUCUUUUUAAUAUAUUUAUUCCAUGGAAGAGUUGUCAUCAUCACUAAAACUUCAGUACUGAGAGCAACAUGACUCAGUAGCCCAGAAACUAUGAUUUUCUUAAUAUAUAAUUGAAUCAGAGUAAUCAUAAUGCAAGGGAGACGUUAAAAUAGAGGCAAUGGAGAAGCCACACUGAGGACAGACCCUAGAUAGAGCUCAUUUUACUCUACCUAAUAUUUACGUCAGGAUGUACCCAUUUUCUGCAUCUUCUUUCUCAACAAUAAAAAAGUAACUAUUUUGGAUGCCCACAAAUUCUAUUCCAGUGUUUCUAUCUGUAAAUACAGUACCAUUUUCUCAUUUGCAGUGACAUUUCAACCACAGGCAGAAAAGACUGUUUACUGCUUGACCCAAAGAUUAAAAAGGAUUUUUUUUAUUUUAAAUAUUACACCUUCAGAACCAUAACAUGCUUAAGAAAGGUUUUCCAAAAUAUUGACCUUGAUGAGGCUAUAUACAUUUCUUUUUUUUUUUUUUUUUUUUUUUUUUUGAGACUGAGUUUCGCUCUUGUUACCCAGGCUGGAGUGCAAUGGCGCGAUCUCGGCUCACUGACAACCUCCGCCUCCUGGGUCAGGCAAUUCUCCUGCCUCAGCCUCCCGAGUAGCUGGGAUUACAGGCACGCGCCACCAUGCCCAGCUAUUUUUUUUUGUAUUUUUAGUAGAGACGGGGUUUCACCAUGUUGACCAGGAUGGUCUCGACCCCUUGACCUCGUGAUCCACCCGCCUCGGCCUCCCAAAGUGCUGGGAUUACAGGCUUGAGCCACCGCGCCCGGCCGCUAUAUACAUUUCUAAUAUUUUACUUAUUCUAUUCAAGGCAUAAGGCCAAAGCAUUAAGUAUAAUUUAAUCCCAUACAUUCAAGUUAAGUUUAGUAUCGAUGUUCCAUCAAUGUGGACCUCCCAGGAGUUGUUUAAGAAUGAAUCCAUUACACCUCUACUUUUGGCUCUCUACUGUAUAUUAAGCCCAUAGGCUUGUGGGAGGAAGGAGAAUUUCCAUUAGCCAUGCUGUAUGCAGUGGAAUUUUCCUUUUAGGAGACACACAGUUGAGACUCUCUGGUUCUGUCCUUGCUUUAGAGACUUUCAGAUAUUUCCUAUUGCACAAAUGAAAACCUCUUAUUUCCCCUAUUGAGAGUUUUGUUCCAAGGAAUAUGAAGUGAGACACAUGGUGACUUAUAAUAAUCCAAAUAAUUUAUAAACAGCUGGGUCUGCAAUAGCUAGUCUAAAUAUUGCUUGUGUGUCAGUCCUCUGAUUAUAGUAUGUAAGAGCCUGAGGAGGUCUGGCAAGAUAGAUGGUGUAUUAUUUAUGGAUCAGACUGCUGCAUAGAAGCCAUGCAUACUAUUAUUCAGCUUGUCUAACUCUCAGACUAUUCUGAGUAAUGCCUGCUUGCUAAUGAAUGUGUAGGAGACCACAUUGUAAUUGUUCUUAGGCGAUGGAGUCCUGUGCGGUUUCUUAGAAAUCCGUCUCAGUGCAUGCUGUGCCUUUUCACAUUUUCUCUGAGUUAUCUGGGAAGUAUCAGGUUCUGGGAGGCAACAGCGGAAGUGAUAAGAAAAGGAGACAUUCUGGUGUGUACCUAUGCAACAAUCUUGCAUGUUCUUCACAUGUACCCCAAAACCUAAAAUGCAGUUAAAAAAAAAAACAAAAGGAGACAUUCUGUCAAAGCCAGUCUGCUUAAAGGCAAAGUCUAGAAACCAGGAACCUAGAGGCCUUUUUCUCUGCACAAAAAAAAACAGUUUGCAAUAUGAGACAUGGGAGAGCUUUUAGGCUACUCAGCAACCCAAGGGACCUCUCACCUUUUGCUGAGCUUCAAUCAUGAAGCUAUUUGCCUGGCUCCAGCAGAUGAUGAGAUAAUGAGGCAGUGGGUUUUUUGUUACUGUUCCAUUUUGCAAUAUCCUGCAACACCAUCCUUGGAGACACGAGCAUUACCCAGCUUGGCUUUCACAGGGGAAGGUUGUAUUCAGUAGAAAAGAAUAGUAAAUCUAAGGUCACUGAGAUUCACUACAGUAGAGCCAAAUCCUUUUCAAUAGGCAUGUAUUAACAUACUGCUUAUUUUGGCAGAGGUUAUAUAUGGAUGAAAAUUAAGUCAUUGAACAUUCAUAUACAUUUCCCCCCAAACCUUAGACAUUCGUGGUAGAUUUCAACUAAUUAGAUUAGUCAGAUUUCUGCCCAAAGUGCUUAUUUGGUCAAUAGCAGUUAAGAUAUAUACCUUCAAAAUGGCUUUGCUUUUGAUUUGCACUGAUAUUCAUAUGGCUCCAGAAAAAUAUUUUUUUCAUAUUUGACAGUGUCAGCUCCACUUUAGAAAUUUCCAAUAACCAGAUGAGAAAAAAAUUAAGAAAUUGCUCAAGGGAAACAUUUGUAAAUGGAUUUGAAAGAUUGAGCCAAAUUCUCUCAUCAGUUCUAAGCAUUCAGUUCUCAUCUCCAUUUAGGCCCCAUCAGAACAGAGGGUCAGGAAUUUAGCUGGGGAGCCUGAAUUUAGUUCAGCCUGCCUUUGAAGAUAGCAUCAGUUAAUACUCUCCCUUAUGUUUUCUUUUCCUUUUCUCUCUUUUUAAACUACAUUGUGUUAGAAUCAUAGUCUAGGAUCCUGAGAUAUUUUCCAUUCUUGUUACCAUUCACUUGCUUUGUAAAGAGUUUAUCUAUUGUUGGCAUAGAUUCUUUUGUACAUAUUUAUUUAUUUGUGUUUAUACAUGUCAAUUGGUUUCCUAUCUUAGCUUGACAUUGCCUAGCUUUGUUGUUUUAAUUAACUUCUAUUAGAGAGACUGUAUAUAUUUUUUUCUAAAUGCUUUGUGAAAUCUUUUUGGUAGCAAUAUCUUUGAAUAUGAUGAAUAAAGGUGACUGUGAGUGCAAAUAGAAUUAGCAGUAAGAAGCUACUCUAGCUAAUUUGCCAUUUUACUUAAAUGAAAAAUGUUUUUCAAAUAAAUACUUAUGUUGUUCAUGUU